AUGUUAGAAGUUCAUCAUCUUCUAGAAAAUCAUGUAUUUUGGCAAAUAUCGAAAUAUUCAUCAAUUAAAAUCUGGGAAGAUCCAUGGGUUUCGAACCAGUUAACCCACUUACUGCCUCAACCUGAUAAUGCUCCUUCAGAAUGUGUCAAAGUUAUGGAUCUUCUUAUUCAGGGCACUUCUAAUUGGAAUGAACCUCUUAUCGAGAGUAUUUUCCCCUCAAAUAUAGCUGAUAUUGUGAAGAAUAUUUAUGUGUCUGAAGAUGAAAAGGAUACUCAUAUUUGGACGUAUACUCAGGCUGGCAAGUUCUCCACAAAAUCUUGUUAUAAGAUUUUCGUGAAUUCUAUGUCUAAUACUUUGAUUGCUAGUGCUUAUCCCUGGAAGAAACUUUGGUCUAAAAAUUAUAUCGUGCCAAAGAUUCUGGUCUUUAUAUGGAAACUCUUGCAUAAUGGGCUGGCGGUGAAGGGUAACUUGAAAAGAAUCAAUAAUUACAUGGAUGUCUCCUGUACUUUCUGCAAGCAUAAGGAGGAAACAGUGGUGCAUCUCUUCUUCAAUUGUCCUUGGGCGAGAACUUUUUUUCUCAAUGCUCAUCCAGUUAUUUCUUUUGAUGAUGUAGUUAUGAAUCCAAGAGACAUUAUUAUUCAAUGGAUGGAGAAUAAUAUGAAUGAUGUCUUCAUGGUUGGGGUUUGUAUUCUUUGGAAUAUCUGGAAGAUGAGAAAUAAUCUGGUAUUCUCAAAUGCUUCUUUCUCAACAGGUACGAUAUUAAAAUUAGCUUUUGCUGAUAUAAAUGUGUGUACUCAACCAAUCUCGUCAGCUAGUCAACCUCAAUCUUCUCAAUGGAUCCCUCCUGAACCUGAUUUCAUAAAAGUGAAUGUGGACGCUGCUUUUAUUCCAAACAAAUGA